AUGAGACAGCCCGGGUUCCCAAACAUCGAGGCCACGCCUCUUCAGGCAGACUUCAUCCCCAGCCUGCAACAGCCAACACAACAGAUUCUCUGGAUCGGGUGUUCGGAUAGCUGCUUCCAAGAAACCAAGAUCUUGGACCUUCUGCCCGACGAGAUCAUGGUACUGCGGAAUAUGGGCAACAUGAUUAUCGACGGCGACCUGUCCUGCGAAACUACGGUGAAGCAUGCAGUGAGCGAUCUGAAUGUGCGGCAUAUCGUGGUUUGCGGUCAUUAUGGGUGUGGUAUCGUGAAAUCGGAAUCCCGAGACGGAUUGCAGGGGCCUUGGUCAAGCAAGCUCAACUCCCUUCAUUCAAUGCAUAAGCACACAAUCGACCAGCUCCCUUCCUCAGAACACGAUCAAGCAUUCGUCAAAUUGAAUGUUCUCGACCAAUUGCGCGCUUUGCGCCGAUUUCCCGAGGUUGCUCGCGCUGCAAAGACGGGAAAUUUACAACUACACGGAAUUGUGUACGACGGGGAGACUGGACAGGCCUCCCGUCUUGUCGAAGACUUUAAAGUCGAAGAGUAA